AGUCGGCUCGGCUGUGGCCUGUGGCUGUGGGUAACCAAGCAGACGCUGCUACCACCGCACUGCCCACUGCUCCUCUUUUGGUUUUGGUUUGCCCCAGAAGAGAAGAGCCUGUCGCUACUCGCCUAUCCAUCCGUCCCUCACUCUCCCCAAAUCCCAAUCUCCCACUGCGCCCCAUCCUCGACUGCCGCCAAUCCGCCAUGGUCAUGGACAAGCCCGGCCUCCCGCAGCCGCAGCUGCCGUCCUCGGCUUCGGCCUCCGCCGCCGCCUCCUCGCUCAAGUCCCUCAACAAAGCCUCCUACAAGAUCUCCAAGCAGUCAUCCUCCGCCUCUUCCGCUUCUUCGGCUUCAACCAUGAGGGCGCCGUCCCCGCCGCCUCCGCCGCCGCGCGCGUCUCCUCCGCUCCCGCCGGCGCCGCCGUCCUCCGUCCCCGCCGACCACCCGCCUCCCCAGCCCCCGGUCUACAACAUUGACAAGUCCGACUUCCGCGACGUCGUGCAGAAGCUCACCGGCUCGCCGUCCCACCUCCUCCCGCCCCAGGCACCGGCCGCCCCCGCCCCCGCCGCCGCCGCGCUCAUGGCGCCACCUCCGCCCAUCAUGGCGCCGCCUCCGCCUCCCAUCAUGGCGCCUCCGCCCCCGCCGACGGCGAUACCAUCCCGCCUCCACCGCAUCCGGCCGCCGCCGCUGGCCCCGCCGCGCCCGCCGCCCAUCCUGCCGCCGGCACCGCCCGCGCUCUCCCCGCUCCCGCCGCUCCCGGCGGUCUGCGUGACCGCGGAGUCGCCCAUCUCCGCCUACAUGCGCCGCCUCCGCGGGAUGCCCUCGCCGAUCCACGUGCCGACGUCGCCGCUCGGGUUCGGGUGCCUGCCCUCGCCGCGGACGCCGCCCUCGCCCGGCGUGGCGAUGCCGGCCACCAGCCCCCGCGUCCGCGACCCGUGACCCAGGAACCCACCGAUGCAUCCGCCGCCGCCCGAUGUGUAGAUACGGCUGGUGUACGAGAGAUCUGGCGACGCGGCGGCGAGGAAAGGAGGAAGCAGCAAUACAAUCACAUUCUGUUAGCUCCAACUCAAACCUUUUGCUCAAAAAAUUCUUUUUUUCCCCCCUAGCGUGCUCCUACCUGCCUUGAUAUUUUGUUGGUGUAUAUGGGAGAUGCGGCGUUUGGGCAGCAAAUGGAUUGCUCAUGUUUGGCUAAUUUUUUGUAACAAAGUUUAUGCAAUAUGUAUGGUAGAAUCUCAUAUGCAAAAUUUGUUUAGGAUUAUGAUAUUAUCUCAAUAGGACUCAUCAACUCUUGCCUGGCUACUCUUGCAGUAAACUUAUUUGAGCUAGCUUACAAUG